GGAAGCUGCGGACAGCGGCGCGAGGAGGCGGCGGCGGCGGGCCCAGGCCCCUCCCAGGCUCCGAGUCUCCCGGCUGCAGGCGGAUGGAUGGGGCUUCCUCAGGCGGCGGCGGCAGCAGCGGAGGCGGCGGCGGCGGCAGCGGCGGCAGCGGCUAUGGUGUGGUGGCUCGAUUCUCCCAGUGCCUGGCUGAGUUUCGGACGUGGUUAAGAACCAACUGGUUGAGGUUCAAUGCAGACAAGACGGAUGUGAUGCUGUGUUUGAGAACUGCUGAUGGGCCAAUAAUUGCCAGAGUUUGGCCAUCUGUUGAGUCUUCAAGUCCAGGAGGUUCAGCAACAUCAGAUGACCAUGAAUUUGAUCCAUCAGCUGACAUGCUGGUUCAUGAUUUUGAUGAUGAACGAACAUUAGAAGAGGAAGAAAUGAUGGAAGGAGAAACAAACUUCAGUUCUGAAAUAGAGGAUCUUGCAAGGGAAGGUGACAUGCCAAUUCAUGAACUUCUCAGCCUUUAUGGUUAUGAUAGUACUAUUCGACUGCCUGAAGAAGAUGAGGAGGAGGAGGAAGAGGAAGAAGAAGGUGAAGAUGAUGAAGAUGCCGAUAAUGAUGAUAACAGUGGCUGUAGUGGGGAAAAUAAAGAAGAGAAUACAAAAGAUUCAUCAGGUCAAGAGGAUGAAACUCAGUCUUCUAAUGAUGAUCCAUCACAAUCUGUUGCUUCUCAAGAUGCCCAGGAAAUAAUCCGUCCACGUCGAUGUAAAUAUUUUGAUACAAAUAGUGAAAUAGAAGAAGAAUCUGAAGAAGAUGAAGAUUAUAUUCCAUCAGAAGACUGGAAAAAGGAGAUUAUGGUGGGCUCCAUGUUUCAAGCAGAGAUUCCAGUUGGCAUUUGUAGAUACAAAGAAAAUGAAAAAGUAUAUGAAAAUGAUGAUCAGCUCCUCUGGGACCCUGAAUACUUACCGGAAGAUAAAGUGAUUGUGUUUCUCAAGGAUGCAUCUAGAAGAACAGGUGAUGAGAAAGGUGUAGAAGCAAUUCCUGAAGGAUCUCACAUAAAAGACAAUGAACAGGCGUUAUAUGAAUUGGUUAAAUGCAGUUUUGACACAGAAGAAGCAUUGAGAAGAUUAAGAUUUAAUGUAAAAGCAGCUAGAGAGGAAUUAUCUGUUUGGACAGAGGAAGAGUGUAGAAAUUUUGAACAAGGGCUGAAGGCCUACGGAAAGGAUUUUCAUUUGAUUCAGGCUAAUAAAGUUCGAACAAGGUCAGUUGGUGAAUGUGUAGCAUUCUAUUAUAUGUGGAAAAAAUCUGAACGGUAUGAUUUCUUUGCUCAGCAAACACGAUUUGGAAAAAAGAAAUAUAAUCUUCAUCCUGGUGUAACGGAUUACAUGGAUCGGCUUCUGGAUGAGAGUGGAAGUGCUGCUUCUAGUCGCGCCCCGUCGCCUCCCCCCACGGCCUCCAGCAGCAGUAACAGCCAGUCGGAGAAGGAAGACGGUGCCGGGAGCUCGCAGAACGGGGUGUCAUCUAAUGGACCUGGUGAAAUAUUAAGCAAAGAAGAAGUCAAAGUUGAAGGGUUACACAUUAAUGGACCAACAGGUGGAAAUAAGAAACCACUUCAUGCAGACAUGGAUACUAAUGGUUAUGAAACAGAUAACGUUACCACUGACCCAAAACUUGCCCACAUGACUGCAAGAAAUGAAAAUGAUUUUGAUGAAAAAAGUGAGAGACCUGCCAAAAGGCGAAGGGUAAACAGCAAUGGAAAAGAAAGUCCAGGUUCUUCGGAAUUUUUCCAAGAAGCCAUCUCACAUGGAAAAUUUGAAGAACUUGAAAACACAGAUGACUAAAGUUUAGACUUUAAUUUUACUUUCUUUGAAGUAAAUUCUGGCGUGACUUAAAUUUUCAGGGUUGAGGGGUUACCUUAAAAAAUUGAUUUCCUUGAAGCAGUUGGUGAAAAUUUGAAAAUCUGAAUUGAGACCUGACUUUAGUAAAUAAGAUUUCAUAAUUCUGCCUUUGCAGAUUUUUUACUUUAAAAUUUUAAAGACCCUUUUAAGGAUAUAAUAAAUAGUUUAGUAAAUUUGAAUGAACUAAAGAUUUAUCUGUACCUUCUCAUUUGAUGUAUUAAUCCUAAAAUUUCACUACAGGGUACUUACUCUGUACUUAGUUUGAUGGCAGGGAAGGAAAAAAACCAAGUUCAAAUUGCUCCUUAACCAAUUUUCUGAGUUUCUUGAAAUGUCUUUUGUAACAGACAUUUUUCUCUCCAUACAAAUUGAGUAUCAUUAUUAAGGAAACCCUUAUGAAUCCUGAAAGUUAUGCUAGCAUGAUUUUUUUAUAUAUAGAAGUUUAAAAAUAAACCAAGUCAGGUUUGUAUGUGUAAAAUUGUUGACAUCAAUGAUGUCUUUCCAUAUUCUUAUCUGGGCUUAAGAAAUACAUUCUGUAUUUUUCCAGAUUCUUUGUAGCCUUUGAAAGAUUUUUACAGUACAUAUGUCUUGACUGAGCUGUUCUUUCUAAUACAAAAGCUUGUAUAAUUUUCUUAACUUGUACAGUUGGUAAACUUUUAUGGGAGGAAUCGAUAUUCUGAGUCUGUCAGCUUUCAUUUUAUUUUGCUAAGGUUUUCUAAUGGAUUUUUAAGUGUUUGUGUAGUAACUAAGUCAUGUUUCUUAUCCAGGUGGUAAAAGCAUUCAUAAAGGAUUGUGAAAAUUUGUUUGUUUUCAAAUUUCUACUUAAGGACAAAUAGUUUGAGAAUUCUGAAAUUAAGCAUGAUACUUAGAUUGCAUAGUUUGUUUUGCAUUUGCUAUAAUUUUCAAAAUUAUUUUUGAAGCAAGAUAAAAGUUUAAUGCUGGCUUAAGUGCUUAACUAUCAUGCUGAUCAGAAUCCUGUCCAGUUAUUUUUAUAUGCAUUAUGAAACGUCCCAUUUUUGCAUUAAAUAGGGGAACCGGUCAGGUGAUACUUAGAUAUUGGCACACACGAGGAGUUGGCAGGCAAGAAUAUUGAUUUUAUGAGGAAAAAGUGAUGAAGUCAGAAAAGUUUUUAGACUUUUCCAAUUACAAUCCAGUUUUUCAGAUUUGAUGGUGUAUUUCCAGAAUGAAAAUAAGAUAUGCAGGAAGCAUUGCUCUGUGUGAAUACAAAUAGGAUCAUCCAUUUGCAUACCCUUGCAAGAGUGCCAUUUUAUUUUUAGUGCAAAAUUCUUGUUAAAAAAUGUAGUUUUAUACAGCUGAUAGACCAACCUAUAUCCAAACUUUUAUAAAAGAUUAUUAACUAUUCUUGUUCUUAUCACACAGGCAUACCCAAAAUGCUUCUACCAAUUCAUUUUCAGUCAUUAGUUCAAGAGCCACUGCCUUUUUAAAUAAGUCUUCUGUGGUCUUGUUUUUAACGGCUCAACUGUCAAAUGCAAUUGAGUAGAGGUUUGCACUGAGAAAUUAUGGUUUAGGCCUUACCCCCAUGAAGUGUUAUGAACACAUGUUCAGACUGCUUCCCUCCACCAAUGUGAACAACUUUUUUCCCCCAAACAGUGUUAAAAGCCACUUUCCAACACUUGACUUCAUAUAAUGUACAUCCACUGUUAUAAACAUAUCUGAGUAAAUCAAAGUUUUGGGUGGACGUGUUGAGAAGCGUGAAUUUUUUGUUGUUUUUGUUUUGUUUUACCUAGAACAUUAAUUUAUCCAGAAUGGCAGCUUUAGCAGAUGGUCAUCUGAUUUUAUUAAAUGAAUCCAAAGUAUUCUAGCUCUUCGUCAAAGAUGAUCUACAGAAAUGUUUCAAACGAAUAGUGAUGCUGUACUUUUUAAGUUGUUGCAAUAUUAGAGAUUCCAUUUUCACCUUUUUUUUAAAGAUGCAUUUUGUUUGCAGGUUUGUGACGUUCUUGCAAACUCAUAGUACAGGAACAUUUUUAGUAAAUUCUCAGGCGUGUUUGCAAAUAUGGCACAUGUGUACAUGUUAGGAAAUUUUACUUUUAACCUUUUUAAAGUAUGCCUAAUGAAAGACAUUCCACUAUUAUAAUACAUAACGCUUAGCUUUUCAUAAAGAAAUAUUUAAUUGUAUUUUGUGUUUCUACAGGUAUUUCAUACGAUACUUUGUUCAUCAUAAUGCAGCCACUAUAACUUGAUAAGUCAUUGCACUACUUUAAAAUUUUUAUUUAGUAAUAUCAUGAAUUUAAUUUGUUUAAGAUUUAAUACAUUUUAUAACUCUUGAACUCUUGACAAAUUGCAUUGGGAAAAGAAGCCUUUGUUAGUUACUUGGUCUCCUCCACCCCAUCCCCAUCCCCAGCAAAGCACUAUCAUUUUCAUUUGCAAUGGUAUUCUGUUUUAUGAUGUGUUUUCAAAUAGAGUUCAGAAUCUGCAACUCAGUUCAACGCAAAUCUGUUGAGCUUUAAAAUGUAUUUGAAGUAAUAUUUAAAUAGGCAUUUAAAAUUAUGAAUUACAUGUUUUUAAAUUUAUGCAUAGUAAUUUUGCACUGUAAAAUAAUUCCCUUCUCCCAUUCUGUCUGCCAUUCUGAAUAUGCUUAUUAAAAUAUUUUUUUAAACAUGA